AAAAAAAAAACCAAGUGCCUAAAAUGGAUCGCGAUUUCACGAUUUCUUACCACGAACCAGAGUUAAAAAACCCUAAUAAGAACAUCUCUACGUAGAUCAGCCACACCUUCUGAGUUUCGACUUUUCCUCUCCGGAAGCCAUGGCACCUAAAUCCAAAACUCGUCUUGUUGAUCAGCCCCCCUCCGCAUCAUCUUCUGAGGAAGACGGUAAUAAGUCCGAGCUAAAAAAGAAAAUUGAUCAACUUCAGCAAUCUGAAUCAGAAUCCGAUGACACCUCUGAAGGAAAGAAGCCGGGGAAAAGAAAACGUGCACCUCCAAUUUUGAAGAAAAAAUCAGGCCAGAAACCGCAGUCGUCACCGGAAGCCUCCGACGUCGGCAUCACCGUGCAGCCCGAUCUCACUCCCAAGCAACCUUCAGUUUCCUCUUCAAAGGUUCCUGGAUCUUUGAAGCCAUCUUCAAGUCCACAUCUAAAGCGUGCAUUGCAUGCCGUAGAGGAAGAAUCCAAGAAGAAGAAAAUCAGAUCUGACGACGAGGACGUCCUUACCAAAGAAAAGAAGUCUGCGCACAACCGACUGUGGAGUAACGAUGAUCAGAUUGCUAUUCUCAAAGGUAUGAUUGACUACAAGGCUCAAACAGGGACUGAUCCUAAUGCCGAUUUUGUUGCUUUCAAUGACUUCAUUAUGGAUAAAUUGGACAUUUCGUUUUCAAAGGCUCAGAUCAAAGAUAAGAUUAAAAGGCUUAAAAAGAAGUUCUUGACCCUUUAUGAGAAAGGAGAUGCCCCUACUUCUGCUAAGCCUUAUGAGUCAAAGGUUUAUGAACUCUCAGCAAAGAUCUGGGGAACUGAGAGCAACACCAAUGCUAAAAGUCCGGGUGGUACUGGUGAUAUUGCCAAAUCAGAUGCAAAAUUUGCCAAUAGGAAGGUGAAAAGGCUUUCGGAAGUAAACAAAAUAAGCAAUUCCAAAAAGACUAUUGAAUCUACCAACAUUAUGGAUACACCAAAAGCAGCAAGUGAAAAGAAGAAGAAUACUGGGGAUAAGGAUAAAGAAAAAGAGAAGAAGAAGAAAAAGAAGCAGAAGACUCAUCCAGAGGAAAAAGAUGAAAAAACUGCUGUUGAGAAACAUGAUGAACAAAUUGCCGUUGUUGAAAAAGAUAAGCAGACUGCUGCUAAUGGAAAAGGCAACCGGACCGCUGGCAAGGGUAGAGACAACCAUUCUGCCUCAAAGGCAAAAGACCCUCCGACUGCUGCUAAGGGUAAAAACAACCAUUCUUCCUAUAAGGCAAAAGACAGCCAGCCUACUGCUAAUGGAAAAGUGGUGAAAGGUGAACACACUGCUACUAAGAAAAAUCUUAACCAGGCUUUUCUGAAAGAUGCAAUUAAUGGUGAAGCUAAAAAUGAGACGGGGGAUUUUCAGUCCAAAUAUCCUUGCUUGGUUAGAUCUUUCAAUAAGGAAAACUAUCCAUUUAGUACUCAGGAGACAAUAGAUAUGCUGAAGGAAAAAGUCAAUCUGAUCGAGAGUUCCCAGGCUGGUGAGGUUGAGGAGAAAUGGGCCAAGCUAUUGGAAGACCAAGUUGCACAUUGUGUGAAGGCUGCAGAUUUGGUAGCACUACAGACUCGAUUGUUGUUUGAUGCUAUGAAGAGGUAACGUUGUAGAUGUCAGUUCUGUUUGAUGCAUGUUGUGGAUUAGUAUUUUUCAACUUCAGUUCUUUUUUAUGCAUGUUUUGGAUUAGUAUUUUUCAACUUUGAAAAAUUAAACAUGGAAUGUUUUUGUUCUUAGAAAAAUGCUGAUGCUACUAUUAAGUUUUUUGCUAUUUUCUCUAUUGUAGUUGGUUGAUUAUGGUUUGGCCUUAAAAUUCC